GCCGGCCACACUGGUUCUGGUGCUCGUUUGGGCGCUCCAGCAGCACACCGGGAGGGGUUUGCUGAUCCCAGCUGUGCCCUCUGCACACAGCAGAGCAUCCGCAGACCUCGUGCUUUCCUGCUGAUCCCACAGCACAGGAAUGUUCAUUCUUGUCAGGAUCCUGUCUUAGUGGACAUGAGACUGAGGAGAAACCACCUUUGGGGUGUGACAAGAUCACCCUCUCUGCUCUGCUGUGCUCUGGUGAGACCCACCUGAGCUGUGCCCAGCUCUGGGCCCCAGCGUGAGAAGGACACGGAGCUGCUGGGGUGACUCCAGAGGAGCCCGGAGAUGUUCCAAGGGCUGAGCUCCUCUGCUCGGGAGCCAGGCUGGGAAAACUGGAGAAGGCAAAGCUCGGGGAGACCUCAGAGCCCCUUGCAGUGCCUGAAGGGGCUCCAGGAGAGCUGGACAGGGACUGGGAACAAGGGCUCGGAGUGACGGGAUAAGAUGGAACUGCUUCCCACUGCCAGAGGGCAGGGACAGAGGGGAUACUGGGGAGAAGUCCUUCUCUGGGAGGGUGGCGAGCACUGGCACGGACCACCCGCGGCAGUGUCCAAGGCCGGGCUGGAGGGGCCCGGCAGCCCCAGGACCAGGAAGGUGUCGCUGCCACGGCAGGGAUGGCACUGGGCGACACUUGGUGACACUCGGCGGCACUGAGGGGCACUGAGGGGCCGGCCACGCCCCCUUGCUCGCCCCGCGGGCUCACGUGGUCAGGCAGGCGUGGUGACGUCAGCCGGAGGCGCGGUGGCGUCAGCCGGCGGCGGCGCGGCGGAGCCCGCCCUCGCCCAAGAUGGCGUCGCUGCUGCAAUCGGAGCGGGUGCUGUACCUGGUGCGCGGCGAGAAGGAGCUGCGGGCGCCGCUGCCGCAGCUGUACUUCUGCCGCUACUGCAGCGAGCUCCGCUCGCUCGAGUGCGUCUCGCACGAGGUUGACUCUCACUACUGCCCCAGCUGCCUGGAAAACAUGCCUUCAGCUGAAGCCAAGCUGAAAAAGAACAGGUGUGCCAACUGCUUUGACUGUCCCUGCUGCAUGCACACCCUUUCCACACGGGCCACGAGCAUCCCUGCGCCGCUGCCCGACGACCCGGCCAAGACCACCAUGAAGAAAGCUUAUUACCUGGCCUGUGGCUUCUGCCGCUGGACCUCCCGGGACGUGGGCAUGGCAGACAAGUCUGUUGCGAGUGGUGGCUGGCAGGAGCCGGAGAAUCCUCACACACAGAGGAUUAACAAACUGGUUGAGUACUACCAGCAGCUGGCUCAGAAGGAGAAGAUCGAGCGGGACAGGAGGAAGCUGGCGCGGCGCCGCAACUACGUUCCACUGGCCUUCUCGGAUAAAUACAGCCUUGGAACGAGGCUUCAGCGCCAGAGGCCCGGAGCUCCCAUCAGUGCCCUCGCUGGACUCUCCCUGAAAGAAGGAGAAGACCAGAAAGAGAUCAAGAUUGAGCCAGCUGAUGCAGUGGAAGAAGUGGAGCCUCUUCCUGAGGAUUACUACACAAGACCAAUCAAUUUGACAGAAGUGACGACUCUGCGCCAGCGCCUGCUGCAGCCUGACUUCCAGCCCAUCUGCGCUUCCCAGCUCUACCCACGUCACAAGCACCUCCUGAUCAAACGCUCGCUGCGCUGCCGGAAAUGUGAACAUAACCUGAGCAAACCAGAAUUCAAUCCAACAUCCAUCAAAUUCAAGAUCCAGCUGGUUGCUGUCAACUACAUCCCUGAAGUGAGAAUCAUGUCUAUUCCCAACCUGCGCUACAUGAAGGAGAGCCAAGUCCUUCUGACUCUGACUAAUCCUGUGGAGAACGUCACACAUGUGACAUUGCUGGAGUGUGAGGAGGGAGACCCUGAUAACAUCAACAGCACUGCCAAGGUGGCAGUUCCUCCCAAGGAGCUUAUUCUGGCUGGCAAAGAUGCUGCAGCAGAAUAUGAUGAGCUGGCAGAGCCUCAAGACUUCCAGGAUGACCCUGACAUAAUUGCCUUUAGAAAAGCCAAUAAGGUGGGAGUUUUCAUCAAGGUCACCCCACAGAAAGAAGAGGGCGAAGUGACCGUGAGUUUCAAGAUGAAGCACGAGUUCAAAAACCUCACUGCUCCCAUCCGGCCCAACGAGGAUGGUGACCACACCUCUGAGGUGAUCUGGCUCACCCAUCACGUGGAGCUCAGCCUCGGCCCCGUGCUCCCCUAGCGGCUCCCAGCGCUUGCUCCCGACGGCUGGAUGGACUGGCACCCUGAGAAAGCACCUGCUGAAAGGCUCUGCCAGAGCUGCUCUGUGAUGUGUGGGUGUGCCACGGGCCCGGCCAGCCGCCAGGAGGGGGCUGAGGCUGCCGUGGUUUGGGCUGGUUUGUUCUCUCUCCCCUUGUCGUAGUGCCCACUAACCACCACUCCACUUCCCCUCACUGCCACAGGCUAGAGUAACUUGCAGCACAUCUUAGAGCACAGGAAAAGAUCUCCCUCCAGGUUUGGCUUUAUCAACAGAUGGUUAGGGCUGAAUUUGGAUUUAUCAGCAGAAAAGAACCCGUACUGGUUUUUUCUCCAUGUCAGCCCACCAGCCUGAUGUUACAUACCCAAUAAUGAACAACUUCUCUUUCACACAGGGCAAUGCCCUUCCCAAACUAACAUUUUAAGGAGUGUCCCUGCCUUCUGCAUUCUGGCAAGCUACUGCCAGCAGCAUGAUCUUUUCUUUUGGUUUUCUGCCCCCUCAUAGGAUACCUCAACUGUGGGAGCUGGGCCAUAGAGCCCUACCCCUCUGGCACAUGUAGCUUGCUUAGCCGAGGUGGCAGAGGUUUUUUCACAAAGGAGUUGAUCAGUUUGCCUUUAAACUCUAAACAUAGUGUACUGUAGUGUUCAUGGAUCUGACUGGCAACCAAGCCUGCCAUCAGCCCGCUGCAUCUCAGCUGGAUGUGGCAGCAGGAUGUGCUGCAAGCUGGGAAUUCAGGUUCUGCUGCAGCUCUUGAUUGAGGCAGGGGGGCUCCAGAGAGGCUCCCUGGCAGACCUCAGCUCAGUAAAUGUUGUGUUGCUAGGGGUUGUAGCAAUGAGGGUAUGAAACCUGGAGAGUUAAGAUUAGUUCUGGUAAUUAUAAAGUUACAGUGGUGAUUUGGGUUCAUAAUCUUUGUUUUUCCAGUUAGCGCGGGUGGGAGGGAGGUGUAAAGGUGGAAACUCAUUAGAUGUUAACUACACACACUGUACCAGAAGGUCAUUUACCCAGGGUAUAAUUUGGCUGCAGUCCAAGCUAAAAUGGGUGAUUAAGAGCUGUGUAUCCAGGAGACUGAAUUACUGAGAAGUGCAUGGCUGGUGCAGGCAGGUGAGAUGGCUCUUCCUGCAGAGCAUUCCCACUUCAGAGGUUGACCUCUGUUAAACAUUUCUGAGGGGCUUUGACAUGCUGCUGUGCUGGGAAAGGCUUGGAAUACCAGCCAGCCAUGCUGUGUCAUGAUGCUUGUGCCAUGGCUCUGCCAAUCCUCUACAUGGAGGGGCAGGAUGAGGCUGCCUGCUGUCUGGGGGGUGCUGCAGCACCCCAAAACAUCUCCCUUAGCGCAAGGAGCCUGCCGUGGUGUGCUGGGGGGGCUCACAGCCCUGGUCCUGCAGCGGCUCUCAAAGCAGCGAGGCAUCACGUUUACAGCUCUGUGUAGGUGACACACAGAUGUACAGCAUGAGUUUGAGACUUGUAGUUAGUAGUUAAUGUGUAGUGCUAGUGCCUGCUGUGGCUUUCCCUGUCCAGAUAACAAAGCACUUCACCUCUGGCCACAACUUCUCGUGUUGAGUAGCCAAAACAGCUGCUGCACUUUGACACCACCACUAAAGACCUCCCAGGACCCAAGCCUGGAGCUGUGCCUGGGGCUGGGUUUGCUGCAGGCUGUGACCUGCGUCCUUCUCACUACAAACAGAAGGUGCACAGUAAUGUUCUGAGCGCUCGGACGAGCUCGGAGCUCUUCUCCCCUCCCUGCGGGUGCUCUAGGCCCUAGGAAAGGUAUUGGCGUGUCCCUGCCUCUGUCCCUGCUCCCCGACAGGCGCCUGUUGCCUUAUGCUUGACGUCGUGUAGUGACCUUCAAUAAACCACACGUGGCUCUCG